AUGACGGCGCCUCUCGGCCUCCCCCCGCGUUGGCCCGACGGUUUGGCCUGCCGCUGCGAGGAACCCCCCCGGGAAAAAAACCGCAUGGAAAGCUUAGGGCACUGCCGGGAGGUUCUCCCCCCGCCACCGGGGCUCGCCGUACCCACCGGAGCUCCGCCGGCGCCGCAGGGAGCAGCGUACGCCGAGCUGGCCGCCACGGAGCCCCCCCGGCAGUGCCCGUCGGGGGCGGCUUCCAGCGCUGCGCUGGGCUACGGGUACCCCUUCGGGGGGGGUUACUACGGCUGUCGCCUGUCCCACUCGCACGGGGUCAACCUGCAGCAGAAGCCCUGCGCGUAUCACCCCGGCGAGAAGUACCCCGAGGCCGGGGGGCCGCUGCCCGGCGAAGAGCUGCCGUCGAGGCCGAAAGAAUUCGCCUUUUAUCCCGGUUUCGCCAGCUCCUACCAAGCGGUUCCCGGUUAUUUGGACGUGUCGGUGGUCCCGGGGUUGGGGGCUCACCCCGAGCCUCGGCACGACGCUUUGCUUCCCAUGGAAGGUUACCAGCACUGGGCUCUUUCGAAUGGUUGGGACGGGCAAGUGUACUGCUCCAAAGAGCAAUCGCAGUCGGCGCACCUUUGGAAAUCUCCUUUUCCAG